AUGCGCGUGUGUUUUGAUUCAUUGUGCUUCGCGUCGCACCGUCUCACGGAGGACGACGCCGGGCACCCGGGUGGAGGAGGAGGAGGAGAAGGAGGAGGGGAAGAAGAAGGUACAACGGGACCCGUGGCAAGCGAAGCAGUCGUAUUCGCAAUGGGUAGCGUGACCGAACUUCAAACGAUCCUUUCGAUGAAAGACGAAAGGAUAAGGGAAUUGGAAAAUCAAAUAAAUCUACAGGAAAAGGAAAUAAACGAACUCAGGUCGCAAUUGGAUAAAUUUCAAAGCGUUUUCCCAUAUUAUCUAGCAUCGUCUCCGGGUCAUUUAAGUCCUCUCAACAACAAUUAUCAACCCAGAGCGAGAAAGCAAAGAGCUCAGGGUAUAUCGGCCGAACCUCAAAGCUUGAGCACCAUACAGGAACUUAGCCAACAACAAUUUCCGAGUUUUCCCAAAAACGAAAGGUAA